AGUUCAUCUCUAGGCGUGUAAAAAGCAACAUAUUGUUCAACAAAACGAAAUUAAAAUAAACGCAACAAAGAUAAAUGGCUUCAACAUCUAGACUCGAAAACAACAAGGUGUGCUGUUAUGCACACCCAGAGUCUCCGCUAAUUGAAGAUUAUCGCGCUGGCGACAUGAUAUGCUCCGAAUGUGGACUGGUUGUUGGCGAUCGUGUUAUUGACGUUGGCUCCGAAUGGCGUACAUUCAGCAAUGAAAAAAGUGGCGUCGAUCCGAGUCGUGUGGGUGGCCCAGAAAAUCCGCUGCUUAGUGGCGGUGACUUGUCCACAAUUAUUGGCCCUGGUACAGGUUCAGCAUCCUUUGAUGCAUUUGGUGCACCCAAAUAUCAAAACAGACGCACAAUGAGCAGUUCAGACCGUUCGCUCAUAUCGGCAUUCAAAGAAAUUUCAUCCAUGGCUGACCGCAUUAAUUUACCCAAAACAAUUGUGGAUCGGGCAAAUAAUUUAUUCAAACAGGUACAUGAUGGCAAGAAUCUGAAAGGACGUUCAAAUGAUGCGAAAGCAUCAGCCUGUCUGUAUAUAGCAUGUCGUCAAGAAGGUGUACCGCGCACAUUUAAGGAAAUUUGUGCUGUCAGUAAAAUUAGUAAGAAGGAAAUAGGUCGUUGCUUUAAGCUAACACUAAAAGCGCUGGAGACCAGCGUUGAUUUGAUAACCACAGCCGAUUUCAUGUGUCGCUUCUGCGCCAACUUGAAUUUACCCAAUAGUGUUCAACGUGCUGCUACACACAUAGCUAAGAAAGCUGUGGAAAUGGAUAUUGUACCUGGUCGUUCGCCUAUUUCUGUUGCUGCUGCCGCUAUCUAUAUGGCCUCGCAGGCCUCAGAGCAGAAGCGUAGUCAGAAGGAAAUUGGUGACAUAGCUGGUGUGGCCGAUGUUACCAUUCGUCAGUCGUAUAAGUUAAUGUAUCCUCAUGCGGCGAAGCUGUUCCCUGACGAAUUCAAGUUCGCCACACCUAUUGAUCAAUUACCCCAAAUGUAACAAAAAAUUAUUCACAGUUUUUGUGUGAAAUAUGCGAUGCUCAAUUUAUCAUUUAUAUACAUACGUUCAAACUUAUGUACAUUUGUUAGUAGGACAAGCCUAGUUCUUAAGGCAAUAAUUAACAACGAAAAAUUUAUACGAUUUUAUUUCAGAUUAAAGCAACAAAAACAA